AUGCGCACCAACGCCACCACGAGCCACAGCCACCACGUCUGUUCAUACACUAAACGAAACGAAACGAGCACAGCUGUUCAACUCUUCGAGCAGCAGCAGCAGCCGACUCUCGCGCACCCUCGAUUCCGCCAACUUUUUCCGGAUACUAGUCUUUUAAGGCAAUCGAAAUUGGCGAGCAAGCGAGCUCGAAGGCAACGGCACCCAAGGAGCGUUUCGGUGAAGACGUCGCGUCAGGUGAAAAGUUUCGAAAUAGCUUACAGGCUUCUAACAUCGAAUCGAACAAGAAAUCGGGAGAAUUCGGAAUUCGGGAAACACGAUGUCGGAUUCAAGAAUGGAUUCAAGGGCAUCAAUUGA